AUGAAGUUACCUCUGGUGGUCCCUAAGAUAGCUAAAACAUGCGUCCCGAAAGUGUUGCCCGCAGCUAUGGAUCAGUCCAUAAGGAGCAUGAUCUGUAAGCAAGAGAAAAAUAUGUCACAGACCGAAAUGGCUACGCUUACAUCCUAUUUCACAGACACCUUCCCUAUACAGCAACUUUCCGCUGGAAACAGACAACUUGUAAUGAAAUGGCUCGCGAAGCGGAACGCAUAUGAAGUACUGGCAAAGCUCGAGACAGAUUAUCUUUAUAGUGCAAGCAAGCUUCUAAAGGACGAAAGAGAAAGUCCUCAGGCAACUUUGCAAGAGAUAAGAUUAUAUCUGAAGGCAUUGGCUCGACUGAGGAGGUAUGACGAAUUAGAUCAUCUAAUGUCAAGUUUGAUAAAAAAGUAUGCUUUAACCAAGACGAGAGAUAUGUUAUUACUGAUAGGAACAGUAUGCCAUGAAUGUUGCUCACCAGCACUAGGAAAGAACUCUUCUGAUGUUAUAGAAUUCUACAAGCGUUGGCCUGCAUGGAUGAAGCUCUUAACUGGUCAUGCUGAUUUUUCACAGAAAAAGGAAAAUAGAUACAACAUAGGAACAAUUAUUUCUACUAUCAACGUGGUAAAAAAGUUAGAUGGGCAAAUAUACAAGGUAUUUGAUUAUUUGAAAGACACCCAUGGCCCAACUCUAUGCUCUGAAUUCGGAUCAACGCUAAUGUCAAUUCUUAACAGAGACAAGGAUACUAAAAUGAUUCAGCUAAUAUGGGAGUACAAACAUGCACAUCAACUCCCGUUAUCAUCAUAUGAUCUGACAAGGAUUAUGCAAACGAAAAUUGUGGAAAGGGACUACAAAGGUGCUGUGAAUGUUUAUAUAAAUAACCCGUCGGCCCAUCUUGAUGUGAAACAAUUUGACUAUCUAUUGAUCGCGUUGUCUAAAACCUAUGAUUGGUCUGCAUUACAAGACCAGUUCAAUGCACUAUUUGGAAUUGGGAAAUUACCAAGCAUUGAACAGUACGGGAUAGUUAUGGCUGCUCUUGCAACUCAGGGUGAACUUGAGAGUGUUGACCAACUGUACCAGCAAUUAUUGAGACGUGGACUGAUUCCAAAUUUUAUGGUCAUUAGAGCUUUACUCGAAGUACACUUCAGAUCUGGCGACUAUCGAGGAUGCUUCGAGCAUUUUGAACUGUUCGAUAAGUACGGAAUUUCUCCAUCAAUGGGAACUUACACUGUUAUGUUCAAUGUUUACAAAAAAAUAAAUGAUAUCGAUGGUGCUCUGAGAUUCUUAAGGAAGAUAACAAACACAAAUAAAUCUAUGAUACGUGAAAAGCACUUUUUAGUUCUUAUGCAACUCUGCUCAAAAUUUACUAAUCACCUAAUUGCUGAAGAAUUAUUUAAUAUCAUGCAAACAAAUUAUGAUAUAACACCUUCAGCUUCUUCUGUCGCGGUGUUAAUAAAAGUCUACCUGGAUUCUGAGCAAGAUAUGAAGGCACUCUCUUUGUUUAAAAAGUUCAGAAAAGAAACUGAAAACCCUUUCAAGUAUAUUGAAGUCUUCAAUGCAAUUUUACCGUAUUUUAUCAAAACUCAUCAAAUACAAGAAUGUGAAUCUCUUUUCAAAGAAAUGUCAAUACAUUGUGAGAGGUUAGAUGCCGAGUAUAUGAGGAAUUUCAUAAAGUAUUUCAUUGAUGCGAAAAAGGACGUUGAUGCCGCAAAGGACCUAUUAUUUUCACUUAUCAAGAGCAAUAGAUCUUUGGUGGAUGAAACCCUUUUUGAAAGAGUAAUGGAAAAAUAUGAUGAACUAGAGAAUGAUCAAAUGAUAAUUGAACUAUACAGACUUACGAAUGAAAUUGACAUGCCAAUAAAUUCUAAGAUUUUACUGUAUCUGAUGAAAGCAUCAUAUAGAGUUCAUGUUAUUCAAGAAGAAAACUUAAACAAGUUCCUGGAGUUAUUUGAACAAACUCUUACAAGUGUGUCUAGUGGAACACUUAAUAUUACUACUAACAGCAUCCAUCCAUCCAUAAUAAAUUGGUUUGUGCGGUCCUUAUCAAAGUCACAUCUAACUGAUAGAGCGAUCGAAUUGCUGAAUAAAUACACUAACAUACUAUUUGAUGACAAAUCUCCAGAUAAACUGAGAUUUGAUAAUCAAUUCACUACUAUGAGGUCAAAAUUAGUUUACUACGGUGAAUGCGAGCAGUGGGAUAACUUUGAGGAUAUAUUUGAAGACUUUUUAAAUCGAAUAGAAUAUUUGGAAAACCGGCCAUCCAGAACUGUGAAAAAUCUUCGAAUGAAAUCUAUUUUUAACGGUAUAUUAACCUAUAGAUUGAGAAAUUUGGUAGCCAGAAAAAAAUUUGAAGAAAUACCAAAACUGAUCGAAUAUUUACACAAGCAUGAGUUUACUAUUACAAAUCAAUUUCUCAAUGAGGCAGUCUCAUACAUGUUCCUAGAUUCUAGGACUAUAGAAGAAGCCUUGAGAAUAAGUAAUGAUAAGUUGAUACACGGUUUCAACUUAUUGAACAAGAAAAAACACUUACAGGCCAAUGAAUAUAGGUAUAAUCGUCACGAUACCUCUUGGCUGCUGGCACAAGUUAAGAAAAACCCCGGUAAAUUUUCAACUGAUAUGCACAUGACGUGGGCUACAUUCACUGAUGCUACCUGUGCCAUCGACAGGUAUCUGAAUAAGUUUUCCCUUGAGAAAAAAGAUAAUAUUCUUCGCAAUUUCAUAGAAAAGUAUCCGUAUUUUAUGAAAAGUUAUUUGAUGAAAGAAAGAGAAUUGGUAAAGGACUGGAAGCAAAUUGAAUCCAACCACGCCAAUUAUUUCAAGAAAUUAAGAGACACAAAAAGAACUGUAUUUGUUUCGGAAUUUUAA